GAGUCGCGAUUUUCGCCGUCUUCAUCUCAUUGUCGCCGGAGCGUGUUUUGUUCACCAUUGUCGCCAUUUUCGCCAUUUUCAUUCUAGCAUUGUCGCCCGUUAUCAUCGCAUUCUCCAUCAGAAAUGGCUCGUGAACCUACACUGGCUGAGGAUCUUAGAGAAACAAAAAGAAGAAGAAGAGAGUACCGGACAGCAGCAAUUCUAGAUUCACAAGCAGCUCAGAGCUCUAAUCCAACUAGUGAACAACCAGCAGCAGCCCUAAAUUCACAAGCAGCUCAGCGCUCACGCCCUGCUAAGGAAACAACUGUUGCAGAGACUUCAACGAGACGGCGCCGACGAACUAGAGAACACAGGAGAGAUUACUUCAAUACGAGGAUGGGGCCAAAGCUGAUGUUUGAUCUUGUCCAGAGGCUCUCACCACGACAGAAACAAGCUGUCGUAGAAACUGGAUUUGGUGGACUUCUUCAUCUCCAACUCUGCACCAAUGAAUCAAAGUUGGUGCAAUACCUGCUGGACAACUUUAAUGUUUGCAGGUGUGAUUUUGUAUUAGAGGAUGAUAGUCUCCACAUUGAAGAGGAAGAUGUCGAAUACACGUUGGGAAUCCCGCGAGGGCCUCUAAAGGUCAAUGAGGGGACAAAGAUGGAAGACACCUCAACCCGUGAAUACAAACUGCUGCUGACUUCAUGGAGAAGGAGGUGGGGUAUUACAGCAGGCUCGCCAAUAACUACACAGAUGCCAGAUGAGAUUGUUAGGAGAGCUGAUCAUGGUGAUGAGUUCAAGAGGGAUUUCGUAGUCUUUGCCGUUUCCUCCAUGCUUCGAGGAAACACAACACGCUACUCCAAGUACAGGAUCUUAAACUCAUUGAUUGAUGUUGAUAUGAUUAAAGAGUACAAUUGGUGCGCCUACACAUACCAAUCUCUCAUUGACUCGAUAGAUAGUUACAAUGAAGAUAGAAAGAGAAGCUUUUGGGGGCCAAUGACAUUGAUAUUGCUGUUCUACUUUGAUCGAGUAGAAUUCAAAGGAAUGAAGAUCAACAGAACAUACCCUAGCAUACUUGCUUGGACAACCACGCUUGUAAGAAAGAGAGUCAAGGCUGAAAAAAGGGCUGGUGGGUUUGGAAAAGGAAGGGUUAUCCCUAGAGUUAAGAAGCCAAGGACUGAUGCUACCACCUCACUGCAACAACCUGCAAGCACUGCUGCUGCUACAACCUCACUACCACAACCUGCAUUUACUGCUGCUGCUACUACUUCUUCUACUCCUGCUACUGCAACACCGACACCAACUACAACUAGCAUCAGAUGUCCUGCAUACUAUGAUUCGAUCAGGAAAGGUGUAGCAACUGUUAUGGUUUCCUACUCGAGCUGGAAUGGCAAGAAGAUGCACGCUCACCACGAACUCCUUACCGGAUUCCUUAAGGGCAAGCUCAAGUUCAAGGGAUUUGUCAUUUCAGAUUGGGAGGGCAUUGACAGGAUUACUGACCCACCUCAUGCCAAUUACACUUACUCAGUUCAAGCUGGAGUUCUUGCAGGAAUUGACAUGGUAAUGGUGCCAAUAAACUAUACAGAUUUUAUUGGUGAUUUAACUUCUUUGGUGAAGAAAAAGAUUAUCCCAAUGAGUAGGAUUGAUGAUGCAGUGAAGAGAAUAUUGAGGGUCAAGUUUAUGAUGGGUCUUUUUGAGAACCCAAUGGCAGACAUGAGCUUGGCAAGCCAACUUGGUAGCCCGGAACAUAGAGAAUUGGCAAGGGAAGCAGUGAGGAAAUCACUUGUUCUUCUAAAGAAUGGGAAAAGUGAUAAUCAGCCAUUACUGCCACUUCCCAAGAAAGCAGCAAAGAUACUUGUGGCAGGAACUCAUGCACACAAUUUGGGCUACCAAUGUGGAGGCUGGACCAUUGAGUGGCAGGGUGCUGGUGGCAAUGAUCUUACACUUGGAACCACCAUUUUAACUGCUGUGAAAAACACUGUUGAUCCAUCCACACAAGUUGUUUACCAAGAAAAUCCAGGACCGGACAUCCUCAACUCCAACCACUUCUCCUACGCCAUCGUUGCGGUGGGUGAGACCCCAUACACAGAGAUGUUGGGAGACAGCGCAAACCUCACGAUUCUCGAACCCGGCGGCGGCAUCAUCAACAAUGUCUGCGCCGCCGUCAAAUGCGUGGUGGUUGUCAUCUCCGGCAGGCCAGUCGCCCUGGAACAAUACAUUUCAAGAAUAGAUGCCCUGGUUGCCGCUUGGCUUCCCGGAAGUGAAGGCCAGGGUGUGGCCGACGCUUUGUUCGGCGACUAUGGCUUCACCGGCAAGCUUGCCCGGAAUUGGUUCAAGUCGGUUGAUCAACUUCCGAUGAACGUCGGCGACCCGCAUUAUGAUCCUCUGUUUCCGUUUGGAUUUGGGGUGACGACAGAAGCAGUGAAAGGGGAAGUCAGUAUAGAAUCAAGAGGGUAUUCUACAAUAUGAAUUCAUCUCCCUGGUUUUAUUAGGGAUAAUUGUUAUUCAAUUCUUCCAUUGUGACAGUAAUUUAUACCCAAUAUGA